AUGUCGAGGCCGGCCUCGAGAAACAGUUCGCAUCUGGAGCCGCCUGGGAAAGGCGUCGAACUGGUCGACCCGGGCGCACACGACUUAUCCUCAGAAGGUGAAGAAGAGUACUUCUCAGAUGCCUCGGAAGGCCGAAGGCGGACCUCGAGGCCGGUCACCCCUUCGUCCCCGAUUCCACAGACACGAAUAGAGAAGAUCGAUUCUGUCCCAAGCCAUGGCGAGGUUCCUGGGACACCUGCCUACGAAAAAAGAACGAGGGAUGCAGUGCCUGACCAGGUCGAGAUACUUCCCCCCGAUGGACAGAAUCCUGCGACUGGCUCGGGAGGUACUGUGGAAGAGGAGGUCGACCCGGAAUCUCCAAGCCACAGUGAAAUCCCUGGGACUCAGGCGAAUCUACAACAACAGAAGAAUACAGCUCCGGAUCUGGUCCUCGCAAACCCUGAACAAGGGAAGAGCCGAAUACGGGUUGAAGAGGAGGAUGAUCUCGACGACGUAGACUCUGAGAUACCCACAUCGAAUACCCCCAUUCCAGAGACGGUCAUCACACGGGUCGAUUCCAAACCAGCGUACGGCGAGGUUCCGGGAACCGAAGCGUACGAAAAGCGCACUCUAGAUGCAGUCCCGGACAUUUUAGAGAUUAAGGACAACACUUCAGGGUCACCAACACUCAGCAGAUCCGUGACAGAAUCAAGACAUGAACCCGCGUCUCAAAACGAACAUGGCGGGAACGCUGAUGCCGGACACGAUUUUGGAGACGACUUUGACGACUUUGAGGAGGGCGCCCAGGCUGGAGCUGAUGAUGACUUUGGGGACUUUGACGGAGGGUUCCAGGAGGCUGAAGCCGAAGCCGAAGCUGGGACUGCGGAGAGCCCUCCUGUAUCUACCAUUGCAAACAAUGACAUACCCGCCGACCCGUUUACCCUGAUAGACUUCGAAAAGCUAUCGUCGUUGCAAGAGCAGCUCAAAGCCACUCAGAUUCAUCUGGAUGCCAUGUUCCCAUCUUCUUCCGCCGACCAAAUAUCUCACCUCCCACAACCAGACCCAAUACCCGACGCCUCCCCAGUCUUUCCAUCCGACAGGUCACAGUCCCUAUGGAAACAACUAAUCACACCUCCUCCAUUGCAACCGCCCAACUGGACGCAAUCUAGAAUUCGACGUCUUUUCCUAGUUAGUCUAGGUGUUCCUGUUGAUCUCGACGAAAUCUUGCCACCGUCGAAGCAGAAGAAGCUAGUCCUACCAGAUAUCAACCUGGAGCCGUCGUCCCGAAAGUCGGAAUCCGACAAGACAAUUGGCUCUGUAGCGCGGCUGAAAGCACAGGCUGCCAACGACUCGACCGGUUCGGUGGAUAGCACCCAAUCUGGUGCAAAGGAGCGGCCUGGUCGGUCUAGAAGACCCAAGGGCCCUCCCCCACCUCCCGAGCUUGACCUUGUAGCGGUGAAGCGUCUUUGCGCGACGACAGAUGAGAAGCUAGACGGCUUUACGGACGAGGAGCUGCAAGCCCAUGUCAAAGAGCUCAAGGACGUCACAGAAAGAACGUCGGAGUUAUUGGAGUACUGGUUGAAACGGCGGGAUGGGUUACGGAAAGAAAAGGAAGCCUUCGAGGGCGUGAUAGAGAAUCUUGUCAGGCAUGCGAGACGGGUUCGGAAAUAA